UAUUUAUGGAUGUUUUUGGUGGCAAGAACAACCCAACACGCUGUUAAUAAAGACAGGAGAGCUUCCGAGUCCUCGAUGGCUUGGAGGAUGACCCUCCUAGUAGCAACAGAUGCAGCUUGCUGGGUUCCUAUAAUCAUACUUGGGGUUGUUUCCUUGGCUGGUUUUACCGUUCCACCGCAGGUGUUUGCUUGGGUUGCUGUGUUCAUUCUCCCGUUGAAUGCUGCCGUCAAUCCCGUCCUUUACACUCUUUCGACGGCUCCUUUUCUUACUCCAGCCAGGCAAGGAUUGUUCUCUUUUAGAAGGUCUUGUAAGCUCUCUAUGUCUCAGGACAAUAGAAGGACUUAUAUGUCAACUAUUAACCAUUAUAACGGAUGUGGAUCUGUUGAGCUGUACCCAAUGACACAACGAUCUACCAGAUUCAGAAACAGUUUGGAUACAUCUUUAACCGAUCACGGAGUCGUAUUGCACAUGCAAAAACUGAAGUGACAUCAAGCUGGGACCCAAAGAAGGGCCCCAAAUGAACUCUACGAUUAAAGACAUUUUAAACUAAUAUGAAUACAUGUUGGUUAUGUAAAUAUUAAAUAAUGUAAAUAUUUCACUUUGUAAAAAAUAACGUUUUGCACAGUUUAUAUUCAAGAAUUCGAUAUUGAAAUUUACAACUUUAACCAGAAAUUUAAUAUUUUUAAUGUUGUCUUGUAACUGUU